AGAGCGCAUGCGCGCAUGAGUGCCGCGAAAUGCAUCAUGGUCUUUUGUCCGGAAGUCUUGGUCACAUUAUUUCAGCACAAUGUUAAAUGUCACAUGUCAUAGUUCGAACUUCGUACUGUUGUAUAUGCUUUGACUAGCCAUUUAAGACAGCGAUUCAUAAUGUCACACGCGUCGAGAUCAGCUUUGGCAGUUUAAUUUCGAUGAAUUCUGGGAAUUUGAGUUUUUUUCACGGCACGAGGCGCCGCGCCACUUUAGCUUGACAUGUGCAUCUAGCUAAUACCGUUUGUGGUCGGUCGUAACUCGUACAACUUUACCAGUAAUAUGUCGUUUUGUUUUAAUUUCACCGUCGAUGGAAAUACGUCGCUCAGCAACAAGACUGAAUGUGCUGCAAAAACUUGUUUGUUGUCAUCAGAAUCCUCAUAAUAUACAGCCUGAGUCGGAGGAACGUGACAGCCCGGCAGAGCCAGUGAAAGAAGCCAAAGAGCACUUCCCGCCCUCUGACCCCCAGCACCUUCUCGACGACGCCGUCUAUGAAACAGUUUCCGUCGGCACUCUCCCUCCGCUUCACUACCUCAAUGAAACUAUUUUCGAGAAGACUGUCUCAGAGAGGGAGGAUGUGGAGAACGUUCUUUCCCGCACGGCCGAGCAGAGGUCUGACCUCAUCUCUGGAGUGUACGAGGGAGGGCUGAAGGUCUGGGAGUGCACGUAUGACCUUCUGGAGGUCAUCGACAGGGAAGGGGAGACAUUCGGCGAUAAGGUGGUCUUGGAUUUGGGCUGCGGGGCCGGGCUAUUGGGGAUAUUGUCUUUGAAAAGAGGAGCCAGGCAAGUCCACUUCCAAGACUACAACAGUACAGUCAUUGAGCAGCUUACUGUGUCAAACGUCAUUCUAAACUGCCAUGAUGAUGACAGUAAAGGGGAGGGCGAGGCAACACUAGAGAUGGAAGAAGACUGUAAAUUAAACACAAAAGAUGGCAGCCUACCCCGUAAAAGAAGAGCUUUAGAUGCCGCAUCCCAACACCCGUUACUAUCCAGGUGUAAAUUUUAUUCUGGUGACUGGCGCACAUUUCUUACUUUGGCCUCAAAUCAGGAGACACAAUUGAAAUACGACAUUAUACUGACCUCAGAGACAAUAUACAACACUGCUUAUUACCCAGCGCUUCACGACGCCCUCCACAAACUGUUGGCAGCGCACGGAGUGGUCUACCUGGCCACAAAGGCCCACUACUUCGGAGUGGGAGGUGGCCUGCACCUGUUUGAGACUUUUGUGGUGGAAAGAGGGGUUUUCUCUCUGGAUCACCUGUGGGAUAGCGAAGACGGACUUCAAAGACAUGUCGUAGUCCUACGUUUUAAAAAAGAAUCAGAGUAGUCCUGUAUAACUGUGUGAAUAAUAACUUGAUGUGAGCUCAGUGAAGCGUACUUCACCUUGGAAUAUUAAAGUCAGCCUUAUUUGUCAGAUGGUCUGCUAAUGUGUGAAGGAAUUGGCACAGAUUUCAUUAUACUGCACUUGUUUCAGGUAAUUAGUUGAUAAAACCAGAGAUUAUCUAUCAGAAGACCAUGUUAGGACACACAUCCAAUGUACUACUGACAACUCCAAGACAUUGGUUAUGAAGCAAGUGCCACGAGUUGUAUGUAUUAUGUAUGUUUCUGUAUGCUAAUAUCCUAAAGAAAUGAUUCAUAUAAGAAAAAUCCAGUUGAGGGCUUCAAAAUCAAAAUAUAGUCUCAAAGUUUCUAUUGACUGUCAGUGUAACUUGCAAAACACAUACAGCACCAGAAGGCACAUUAAUGGGAAGUAGUGUUUUAUUAUUAUUGGUUCCCUUAAGUAUAACAUUAUUAAAAAUAGAACUCCAUUCUUGACUUCAAUACUAACUCCUUAUUUCUAAAAUCACAAAUACUUAAACUUGCUGAUGUAGUUAAUCUUCAAACAGCUAAAAUAAUGCAUUAGGCUAAAAAUAACCAAUUACCUAAAAAUGUCAUCCAAUACUUCUCUACAAGAGAGGAGAAAUAUGAUCUCAGGGAAGAACUACAUUUGAAACACUUAUAUGCUAGGACUACGUUAAAAAGCCAUAGCAUUUCAGUAUGUGGAAUCAAACUAUGGAAUGGAUUGAGUAAGACCCUCAAACAAUGCACAACGAUGAGCCAAUUCAAGAAACAAUACAAGCAGUUGAUGUUUGCUAAAUACAAGGAUGAAGAGUCUUGAACCAGUCAUGAUGUGCUAUAUAUAUCACUAUAUUGACACUUACUAUGGUACACAUAAUGUUCGGUACAAGGUACAUUAUUUAAAAAAACCCACUGUAUUAUGGAAAGCAGGAAGUGAACAAAUGAAACAGUUACUGAUUGUAAAAGUAAACUAUAUUAGGAAAGCAGGAAGUGAACAAAUGUAACAGUUACUGAUUAUAAAAGUACCAGAUGGAGGGGUAGGAUUUAAUAAGCUUUGCUUCUUCCUACUCCUUUUGGACAUGUGGAACUGUGAACUGAUUAUGUGAUGCAUUCAAUUGUAAUCUGAUGCAUGUUCAAAUGAAAUAAAACCAUUACCAUUACCAAUCAUGCUAAUCUACAGAAUAUGCGCAACAAUCGUUUUGCCAGCAGCCCAGGUGGACUGUCAACCAGUUGCUAGUCUUGUGAUACCCAGUACAUGUCUCUACAAUCGAUUAAUCUUAAGGAUUUAUGGCUGUUUUUUUAUGGACCGAUGCUGCCACAUCUCUCGCUUGUCUAACCAGUCACAUCAGUAUAUGGUUUACAUCCCCAGUUAGAACUAAUAAUAAUAUAAUUAAUACUAAUAUUAGUUAUUGUGGGUGCGCUGAGAUGAUGUCUCAUCCCAAAGUCAAUGUUUCACCCCCCCACAACACACCCACACACUUCCUACAUAGACAUCUUCCAGUAAGAGGACCAGUUGAAAGGGGGCUGUUCCAGGUCUAUUUCGCCACACCAGGAGGAAAGAAAGGAAAUGGGCUCAGUGACCUUUGCCAGUGAUUUCCCCCGUGUUCAAACAGUGGCAUGAAAGCGAGGCUUGUUUCUGAAGUCCAACACAAAAUGUCAAUUGCAACUUAUCCCGCCUGCUCGAGGAUGUAGCUUGAAAGUGGAUUCGGGCGUCACGGUACGUCAGUGGUGGGGCUCAGUGGGGUCUCUGUAAGCCUAAUUCCAAAAAAAAAAGUCCACAUGCUUAAUUCUGGGGCUUUUCAUUGUUUGCUCCUUCAGUGGAAAAAUAAAAUACUAAUUUCCCCAUUCCUGGGUGUGGCUUGUAUAACAACCACUUGAUGUGACACAUGCUGAUGUCGGUAUACAUCCUGGAAAAUAGACAUCCAGGAAAUGCAGUGAAGUAAUCUGUUAGCGCCUUUUGUGAAAAAAAUAUGUAUCAUGUCUGGUCUUGUUUAAAGGGAUGACAAUAUUUUUUAGACUUCAUAAUCUGCCUCACCUGUGUCCAUGUGAGUCAGCAUUUUGUGACCUGUCGCCGAACAAAGAAUUAAAAAGCGAAUUGUUUCCCUGUUC